UUGUGUACACAAUAGAAGUAGGAUCACGCUAACGUUCACCGCCAUCGCCAGGUAUGAUCUUGAACUUUCCCGAGUAUUCAUGGGAGAGUCCAAGGAUUUGAGGCGGCUGACGCAUCACGUCCAGCAAGUCCUUAGAAAAAGAUGGCGAGGAUUUGCUCCUCCCUCGACCUGCACCCUCGUGGAGCUGCCCUCCGAUGUCUCCGGAGAAGGACGAAACCCAUGGGAGGCCCGUGUCCUCGCGGUGCUGCCAACGAUGCGCGUCCCUCAGGACGUUGACUGGCACAAGGACCUGUGCUACAAUAGCAUGUGGUCACUCCUUGCCGAAAUUGCGCAGUGGAACGAAACACAUUCUGACGAGAACCAGAUCAGGAGGGUGCUCAUGACAGGACUAGGGACCGGCGUCGGCCGCAUGAGUGCCGAGCGUUGCGCGAGGCAGAUGGUGCUUGCCGUUAAGCAUUUCAGAAAGGGAUGGCCGGAGGAGCCAAAGUGGAAAGAUGUGUAUCCAGCGUCGAGUGAGAUUGAAAGUACCACAUCGCUCUGAUUAGCUGUACCGAUCACCCGAAUAGCAAGGUGGCUUGCACAAACUCGAGGAUAGAUGGCUCCUGAUACCGGCUACUUCCCAACAGCCGAGGUCGGUCAGUCAGCACCAGAGAAGCCAAGUGCCUUCGUC